CCAAUACGAUCUGGCUCGACUCGACUAUCUUGUCCCUUAUCAAAAACCCUAGUAGCCAUUAGUCCAGUCUCCCUUUUCCAUUCUUCGCUGUUAAAGUUAGACCCUAGCACAAGCCUUUUCCAGGAAGAAUAACUAGCAAAUAUGGUGAAGAAGAGCAAAAAGAGUAAGAGUAAGAGAGUGACGUUGAAGCAGAAGUAUAAGGUUUUGAGGAAGGUCAAGGAGCAUCACAAAAAAAAGGCCAAGGAAGCAAAGAAACUAGGGUUGAAGAAUAAACGCAAGGUCGAGAAGGAUCCUGGUAUUCCUAAUGACUGGCCCUUCAAGGAACAAGAGCUAAAGGCUCUUGAAGCUCGCCGGGCCCGUGCUCUUGAGGAACUAGAGCAAAAGAAAGCUGCUCGCAAAGAGAGGGCUCAAAAGAGGAAGUUGGGUUUACUCGAGGAUGAUGAUUCUUCUGCAAAAGAAAAAAAUUUUGAAGAGCAAAAUAGCAAUGGAGAUUUCGGUGGAAUUGCCAGAAAUCGGGAUAAUUCAGAUAGGGCAUUCUACAAAGAGUUGGUUAAAGUCAUUGAAGAAUCGGAUGUCAUAUUGGAAGUCCUUGAUGCCCGAGAUCCUCUUGGUACCCGUUGUGUUGAUAUGGAAAAUAUGGUGAUGAAAUCUGGUCAUGAUAAGCAUCUGGUGUUACUUCUGAAUAAAAUUGAUCUUGUUCCUCGAGAAGCUGUUGAAAAAUGGCUAAAGUAUCUCAGAGAAGAAUUGCCUGCUGUUGCCUUCAAGUGUAGUACCCAAGAGCAGAGGUCAAACUUAGGUUGGAAGUCUUCCAAAAAAGCAGCAAAGACCAGCAAUCUUCUGCAAACGAGUGAUUGUCUUGGAGCUGAAACCCUCAUUAAAUUGCUGAAAAAUUACUCAAGAAGUCAUGAUAUUAAAAAAUCUAUUACAGUUGGUGUAAUCGGCUUGCCUAAUGUUGGUAAGAGUAGUCUGAUUAACAGCUUGAAGAGAUGUCACGUUGUCAAUGUUGGUGCUACUCCUGGGCUAACAAGAUCAAUGCAAGAAGUUCAGCUAGACAAGAAUGUUAAAUUGUUGGAUUGCCCUGGUGUUGUAUUGCUAAAGUCUAAGGAGAAUGAUGCAUCUAUAGCUCUUCGUAACUGCAAAAGAAUUGAGAAGCUAGAUGAUCCAGUUAGCCCUGUGAAAGAAAUUCUCAACCUGUGCCCAGCAAGACUGUUGGUAACUCUGUACAAGAUACCAAACUUUGAAUCAGUUGAUGAUUUUCUGCAGAAAGUGGCUACUGUCAGGGGUAGGCUCAAAAAGGGUGGUAUUGUGGAUGUUGAAGCUGCUGCUCGAAUUGUUCUGCAUGAUUGGAAUGAGGGUAAAAUCCCGUAUUAUACUAUGCCUCCAAUUAGGAAUCGAGAGGAACCUUCAGAAGCUAGGAUUGUUUCAGAGCUUGGGAAGGAAUUUAAUGUUGAUGAGGUCUACAGUGGUGAAUCCUCAUUUAUUGGUAGUCUCAAGUCCGUUAAUGACUACAAUCCUGUUGAAGUACCUCCUAGUUGUCCUAUCAAUUUUGAUGAAAGUAUGAUACAGGGAGAUAUGGAGACUCGGUCAUCAACCCAGGGUGAUGAAAACUCUGAAGAAAUGAAUGAUGGUGAAGACCAACCAAUGGGUCUUGAAGAAGAUGAUGCAAACAAAACCAAGACAAAAUCUACAACUAGCAAGCAAAAUGAGAAGUUAUAUGCAGCAGAAGGCAUGCUGAAUACAAAAAUGAAACGAGCAGAGAAGAAACGAAGGAAAAAAGCAGCCAAGGUUGAUGCAAUGGAUGAUGACUAUGAUUUCAAAGUGGAUUAUGUGAAGAAAAAAGAUUCUGCCAUGGAUGUUGAAGAUGCUAGCGAGGAAGAAGAUGACAAUCAAAUUGUUGGCGAGGUGCCAUUGUCUGGUGUCAAGUUUGAUGAAGAAUGAAGGGAUGCUUAGCCAUGAGAAAAAACAAAACGCUUUGUUUUCAUUGUUUGACAGCGAGUUAUAUUAUUGUUAAUCUCGUGAGUUAUAUAGUGACUUAAAAAACGAUCGGCAACAAUUAUAUUGAAAUCUGAAUCCUGCAAAGGAAAUUUUUUUAAGAAUGAAGAGAGCUGUUGAUUUCAUUUA